AUAAAUAUGUCAAUGGAAAAUGUUUAUGUUAAAGUUGUCGCAAAUGGCAACAGUACGUAUACCUAAAAAUGUGUGCUAAAAAUUUAGUUUUAAUAAGUUAUGUGUUGGUGAGGUGUAACGAUAGUGUAAAUGUCAGCUGAACUGUUUAAAUUUAAUUAGUUUUUAUUUUGUGCAAAAUGGCUUCUGGCGAUACAAUUGAGGCUAUUGAAGUCUUGGAUUCAAUGAACAAUACCAAGGAUCCUGCAUUACUGGACGCCACGGCCGCUGGAGAGGCCGAAGAUAAGGACAGCAGUGUCUUAAACAAAAGCCUUCAAGAUGCAGGACAGAAACAGCUCUCCACAAAUGUGGCCAAAACGAAAGCGGAAAGGGAAAAAGAAAGGGAAAGAAAAAUUGGACAUCGAAGGGUCGGUGUAGGAGGCGAGAUCACCUACAAGAAGAUCCAAACCAGCCAAAUCAUGGGAUCCAUACAACUCGGUAUCCAGCAUGCGGUGGGUGGACUGGCCUCGAAACCCGAAAGGGACUUGUUGAUGCAGGAUUUCAUGACAGUGGAGACGACCAAUUUCCCAUCGGAGGGCUCGAACCACACUCCCGCCCAUCACUUUUCCGAGUUCAAGUUCAAGAACUACGCGCCGAUCGCCUUCAGGUACUUCCGGGACCUGUUCGGUAUACAACCCGAUGAUUUCCUAAUGUCGAUGUGUGAUACUCCCCUAAGAGAAUUGUCGAAUCCCGGGGCCAGCGGCUCCAUAUUUUAUUUAACCAGUGAUGAUGAGUUUAUAAUUAAGACUGUUCAACACAAAGAAGGAGAAUUUUUACAAAAAUUGUUGCCUGGUUACUAUAUGAAUUUAAAUCAAAACCCAAGAACUUUACUACCAAAAUUUUUUGGACUGUAUUGUUAUCAAUGUAAUAGCAAAAACGUAAGACUGGUAAUUAUGAAUAAUUUGUUACCUAGUUCCAUUGUUAUGCACCAAAAGUAUGAUCUCAAGGGCAGUACGUAUAAAAGAAAAGCGUCAAAAGCCGAAAGACAAAAACGAUCGCCCACAUUCAAAGAUCUGGACUUCAUGGAACAUCAUCCGCAGGGAAUUUUAAUGGAGGCAGACACCUACAACGCCUUAAUUAAAACCAUGCAGCGGGACUGUAGGGUGUUGGAGAGCUUCAAAAUAAUGGACUACAGUUUGUUGCUGACGAUACACAACCUCGACCAGGCACAAAGAGAAAAAUUGGAAAAGAGAUCUAAAUCGAAUUUGGAAGAGCAACCGGAGGAUCUGAACGACCCGAGCAACGCGCUACUGAACGAAGAACGCGAACGAGAACGGGAAGACCGGAUAGGGGCGGCCGCCCUGCUGAACCGAAGCAGGUCCAUAAACAGACAAAAAUUAGUAGCACAUUCCACGGCAAUGGAGAGUAUACAGGCCGAAUCCGAGCCCAUCGACGAAGACGACGACGUUCCACCCGGUGGUAUUCCUGCCCGGAACUCGAAGGGUGAACGGCUGCUCCUCUUCAUCGGUAUCAUAGACAUCUUGCAGAGUUACAGAUUGAAAAAGAAACUGGAGCACACGUGGAAGUCGAUGAUACAUGACGGAGACACUGUAUCGGUUCACAGGCCCAGUUUCUACGCCGAACGAUUUCUUAAGUUCAUGGCCGAGAAGGUGUUUAAGAAGAUUCCGUCGCUGGACUUGCCUGAAAUUAAGGGCAAUCAUCGCAAGUUUCGCACCCUGGUUACCAGCUACAUAGCUUUAAAACAUUCACCUUCUAAACGAAAAUCGCUAUCGAGGCCUUUGAGAUCCCAUGAAGAAGUAGAUAGCAAUAUUCCUGUGCAGGCUCAAGUCAAUUCUAGUCAACAAAAUGGGAGUAAAACUGUCAGUCCCACGGACACGAUCCCCGUCGGUAAAAUGUCCCCCGUCGCCGCCGCCGCCGUCACGCCGGCGCCGCCGAGCGUCGCCGCUCCCGCAGCCGCGGCGGCGGGCGGUGGGCCGCUCACAUCGCCGCCGGCCGCCGCCUCGGCCGCCUCCUCGUACCCUGCGGUCCUGGUGGGCCGCAGCGAGAGCAAGGCCAAGGUGCCGCCACCGGUGCCGCCGCGCGGCACGCCCAAGCCGAAGCGGACCGAGACCAACGGAAAAGGUGUAGCGCCGAGCUGCUGUAGCACGCCGCCGCCCACAUUCGACGAGGCGCUCGAGGAGCAACACCGCAGGCCGUCGGGCGGUAGCGGCGCCGCCGCCGCCGGGCCCCAUCACCACCAGGAGACGGCCGGCGCGUCGGCCGUCACGACGCAGUCGAGGACACGGACGGCGUCGCACGGCUCCCAUCAUUCGCACCAUUCCACCAGUCAUCAUCACGUCGCCGUCAGGUCGUACAAGGACGACGCCAUCAGUAUAACGGACAUAAAAUUGGAGUCACGCGCCGAGAACAAGUCGUCGCUGAGCGUCGAGUCGGGCAGUUCGGGAGGAGCAGGACAUUCGAGCAGCCACUCGCGAGGUCUGGCGUGGACGCCGCCCGCCUCCGUCGAAGGGUCGACGCCGACGUGGACUGAAGGUACGCCCUCGUUCACGGAGUCGUCCAGCAGCGGCGACAUGGUCGAAAAUGUCAGAGCGGCUAAAGAACCGGUGCGCCCCGCAGGCUGUCCCACAACACCGCUGAGGCAGGGCUCCAAUUCGUCAUCCUCCAAGAAGCACAAAAAGACAGUCGAGCACGCCAUCAACUGCCUCACCACGGAAAUGGAAAAAAUGAAGAACCGUGUGGAUGACGAUUACAAAUAACCGAAUCGGCCAGACACAGACAGACAAACAACAGACUAUUUUCUAUUGAACGGUGGUGUAAUAGCACACUGAUCAUCUCAUCUUAUAAUAACAAAUUUACGAGUCAGUUUAAGUUUUUGUCAUUCGCUUGAGCGCAGGCCAAAUUGGUUUUGAAAUGAGAUUGUGCGUCGAGAGGUGUGGGAGUUUGUACGUUGUCAACGACUAAUAAGUGUAGCAACUUAGUAACCACGUACGUACAAGCUCCCACAAACAAACCAACACUUAACAUAUCGUUUUUGUUGGAUCGAUGAUCUACUGCAUAAUAUGUGUGUGUAUUAACUUGGUUUUUUGAGACUUUCAUCUAACCCCCCGAGUGUGUUUGCCCGGCUUUAUCGUGUUUAUAGUUCUGUUUGGUUUAAUUGUAGCACUACAAGAAGACGGAGUACGUAGUAGAGUGGCGAAACUGGUGAAGCGUAAACCAAAUUAAGACGCACACAAAUAUAUCGAAUCAUCGCUAGGUUUAUGUGUAAAUUUUCCUAAAUAAUCAUCACAUUCCGCAUAUCGGGGAGGAACCGCUGUUCGCACCCGUAUUUGCCACAUUUAACAUGAGGGUGGUAGCUGUAUAAUUUUCAUAUUUUAAUUAGAACAGCCCCGUGUUAUCUCUGGUGACGGACCUGAUAUAAAUAAUGCUUAGAUUUGCAAUACUGUUCGUGUCUUGUUUAUAUAUAAAUGUAAUAUAUUGUAUAAAAUUCUCAAUUAAUUGUAUAUUGAAGUUAGUUUUGUUAUAUUUAAAGUAUAUCAAUGUGAUUACGAUAAUUCCCCUGGCAAUAACUCGAUUGUUUCCAAUUCACUCAAUUUAUUUUAUAUAUUUGAUAAACAAGGGCUAAACAAUAAUGUAUAAAAUACUAUAUAAAAUUUACAAUCAGACGAUUACAGUAAAUUUAAUUAAUUUUUUUAUUCGGUGACGUCAGUUUAAAAUUGUCUUACAACAGUACAUUUGACCUGUUUUAACACAAUUUAUACCUUAUUGUUUAAGCCAGAUGUGUUCAUUUUGAUAUUCAAAAAAGUCCAAAUAUAAAACACUCCAGGUUGGUGUGCCAAUGAUAUAUAUUCAGAUCUUAUAAUUUUGAGCUUACAUAAUCAUAUUAGUGGAUUAUAUUUUUUGUAUAUUAGCUAUAAUUUAUUAUGGAAAAAUAUUUAUAUAUUAUUGUAAAACAGUAUUAGUGUAUUUAUUUUUUAUUAUUCACCUAUGCGAGUUUUUUAAUUGAAUUUUUGCAAUAUUCUUGACUGAUUAAAUGAUGUAAAAUUGUAUACAAUUUUUAUGUGAAUAUUAUUGUUACUGUGUACUUAAACAAAUGUGUCGAUCAUUUGUUGAUGUGUUUUAACUCAAUUAAUCAAACAACUAUUUAAAUCCCAAUUUAAGGAUUAAGGGUUUUCUACUGAUUUAUACAGUUGUUUGAUAUUCUACUAUAUAUUUAAUACUAAAUGAAUGGAACUAACACAAAGUUUUAUUGUAGCAUUUUAUUAUAUUUUAUACUGUACAUUAUUUGUUUUAAACCCACAUAUUAUAAAACCAUACAUUCUACAGCUUAUUAGUAUAUAUACAUAUAUUUUUUAAAUUGUUUAAAUAGACAUAGAUUCCAUUCAAACAUUUAGUGAAAAUAUAUGGUUAUGCAGAGUGUCGCAAGAAAUUUAUAGUAUAAAUGGGGUAACGAAUAACGUAAUUAAAUGGACAGCAACACGAAGCAAUCAUGAACAAACAUUUCCUUUAAGUCUAGUCACAGUUAAAAACAAUCGAUGUCUAUCCAAGCAAAGCAACAAUAAAACGAAUCAUUUCCUUCGAUUAAACGUAAAAAUUGAAAUAAACGACGUUCGCACCGCCCUGCACAUUUUUUGUGGCACUCUGUGUAUAGAAAUGGCUCAGGUAAUUGUGCAUAUUCUUGUAAAUGUUAGUGAGCAAGAGCAUUAAGAGUAGGUAGCGUUCAAGCUGAGAAGAUGCGACUUUCCGGGAUCUUUUCGGCUCGGGCCUUUGCUUCGAUAAAAAAUUUGUUGGCGGAAACGAAUUUUUAUAUUACAUUGUUAAAUAGAUUCAAUUGUUAGCAAACAUACAUUUUGAUUAUCCGAUUGUUUUAACCGCUUAGUGGAAUAUUGCUUCAAAAAUAUAAUAUUUCAACAUUGGACAUGUGUUAUUUAGUAGUUAGAUGACCUUACCAUUAUUAUAAUAUUGAAAAUGGGUCGUGUGUUCAAUGUAUAACUUGCUGUCGUUUAUUUUAUCGUUUUAACUGUGAUUAUGCAUUGGACACGGACGCAUUUAAUUUUGCACAGUUACAACUUUUUACGCAAUGGAUUGUAGAUACAAGGUUAGUAUCAUUAAACUGGACACUGUAAUAUUUUAUUGUUGUAUUAAAAAAAACGUCCACCCCUUUAUUGAUGGUUAAAAGUUCUGUUUUCUUGUUUUGGGUAGCUCUACGAAUAGAGGCAACCGCUUUCCUACACAAUUAUCCUCCUUGCACAUAAGCAUGCUUGUCAAGUAAAUGUUGCUAUGUAUAAACUCCCUUUUUUAUUGGUGUUGUGUUUUUAGACUCAUCUAUGAGGAAGCUGAGAAGAUAAAUAAACUGCCAAAUAAAAACUAAAACCAACAUGUACUCAGGAUUGAGUGUUACAGAGGUAGGUGUAUUUAAUUAAAGAUAAUGUUUAGGUUACCAGAAAAAAAAUAGGUUUAACAUUAUGUAAAUACGUAUGUGUCAAAAAAAUAUGUAAGUACUCAGUUGACGGUUGGAGGAUAAACUCAAUAUAAAUUUUCGCUUCAUUAUUUCAUAUAAAAUAUAUUAGAUAGCAAACGAUUACUAUUUAAUUCCCACCAAAUCUAUGUAUUCAUUUUUCGAUCCAACUUGUCAACCUGUGCAAUUUGUAUAUUGUAGGAAAAUGAUGGUGAUAAUAAUUUAUUAUAUACUUAUUACUUACGCAUUUUAUUUAUUAGUUAGCUUUUAUAUUUUAAAAUAUAAACAAUAUUGUGAUGUUAUAUUAACUCAAUUAGGUUUGUAUACAAAAAUUUUUUGUCCAGUAGUAAAUUUGUUUCAACUUAUAUCUAAAUAUGUUAUGAAUCAUAAUGUAUUUUAGGUAAUUUCAGGAAAAAAGUUCUUGCUCUGUUAUGUGUAAAACAUAAUGUGUUUAAGUAUUUUUAUGUGAUAAUUUCUCGGUUAUAAUUAUAAUAUAAUUUUAUAUUUCAUUAAAAAUUAAUCUAAGCCAAAAUUCAUAUAGUCCCAUUUAAUAUUAUAUAAAUGAGAUAAAAAGGGUUGUAUUUAUCGAAUUUUUUCAUUAAUAUAUUAAAAAUUUUAUUGUUCUUUAUUUAUGUUUCAAUUUAUUUUAAUUUUUCGAUAAAUACAACUCGCCAAACAAGAUCCAUUUUUGAAUCUUUAAAUAUUAAAACAUGAAAAAGGUAAAGCGUAUAAAGAAGAUACUUAUUCUAAACAAAACAUACUUGUGAUCUUAUUUAUUAUUUUAAUUCAUACUCAAAGGUAUGAUAAUGUAUAGGUAUAAAUAUCAAAAUAAAUGUACAUAAUCUU